GAUUCCAGUAGAUUUCCAAUGCGCAUUAAUACACAUAACACCCUAGGAUGCUAUAGAAACUUUUGGCUUGGUGAGACUAGUCUUUGGUCACACAUUUGGUUAGUAUAUUCACGAUGGCAACCUAUAAUCUAGACUUCCUUCCACUUGGGGCACAGCCGAUAGUUAAGCCGUGUAUGCCGUUUAUCCUUGGCGGUACUUCCGGUUGUUUGGCUACGGUGUGUAUACAGCCCAUUGAUAUGGUGAAAGUAAGGAUACAGCUCGCUGCGGCUGCUGGUCACACACAGCCCAAACCUAUCGCACUAUUUAGACACAUGCUGAAGCAUGAGGGACUUCGCUCGAUGUACAAGGGGCUUGAUGCGGCAUGUGCUCGCCAGAUAUUGUACACAACAACUCGUCUGGGUCUAUUCAGGACUAUCAGUGACGUUGUUAAGGAGCGUCAAGGUACCCAGCGCAUCCCCUUUUACCAGAAGUGUCUUAUCGGUCUUUUCAGUGGCGCUGCCGGCGCCUUCAUUGGUAACCCGGCUGAUUUGGCACUUGUAAGGAUGCAGUCUAACCUCUCACUUCCGGUAGCUCAGCGUAAAAAUUACGGUGGCAUUUUCAGCACUGUGUGCCGUAUAUCACAAGAGGAAGGAAUCGGUAGUCUGUGGAAGGGCGCUACUCCAACCAUAGUCAGGGCCAUGGCGCUUAAUGUCGCCAUGCUUGCUACUUACGACCAAUCUAAGGAGACGCUGAGUCCCUAUAUCAAGGACAAGUCGACGUUGACUGUGGCCAGCAGCGCCAUAAGUGCUUGGUUUGCUGUAGUAGCGAGCUUGCCAUUUGAUUACGUCAAGACCUGUUUGCAGAAACAGGGUUCCGGGAAGGCCCAGUACUCCGGCGUCACCGACUGUUUCAUCAAGAACUAUAGAGAAGGAGGCUUGAAGCGCUUUUAUUCAUCUUACAGCGCAUUUUACAUGAGAAUUGCACCUCAUAUUAUUAUAACACUGAUACUGCGGGAGUACUUUGACCAUCUAUUCACCAGGAAGUAGUCUUCCUUGGGUACUACCUGCUUCUAGCUAACUUGACCAUAUAAUGUAGUCA